AUGGAUCAGGAUGUUACCCCGACUGGCCGAAAGCGAUCGGUGGACGACAUCGAAAAUGAUAUAAUACCCGACCCGAUCAAGAGGAGAAAGUUGGAUGAUGCAGCAGCUGGCUCACCCUCGACCCCCAAAGCCCUUAAAGCCAUUGCCUCAGCUAUCUCGGGCGUUUUUGGGGCCGCCCGCCAGUCUCGGAAAGAGGUCAAUGGCACCGAACCAUCUUUGCCGGCUACUUCGACCCAACCCAAGCCUCUCCUCAGCACCAACAAAAAUGGUCGUUUGCUCAGCCCAGCUGCUCCCGCUGCUCCCGCUGCUGCUGCUCAUCCAGCUUCGUCACCGAUGAAACGGCCCGCCAUCAAGAUAGCAGCAUUGAGAGGAACAAUAUGGGACAAUGGCGAUCUCCCCGAAUCAAAGAAAUGUACUGUUCCAAAGCGCCCAGUCAAGCAAGCCGUGAUGGGAAAUAGGUAUCAGGGUCCAUUGCCGCCCGCGUCUGUCUACCAGCCCAAGGAGGCGACAGCAUCCGCCCAGAAGCCGGGCUCUAUCGCUGGCAACAAAGCACUGCCGCCAAAGGGCAUUCUUACACCAACCAAGAAACGAGGCCGGCCACGCAAAAACGUCACCUUUAACGGGGGUACCAAUGGCGAAGUAUACUUUGAUGAUUUACCCAAGACCUCGACCGCAAGAAAACCAAAAGCGAUCAAAGCGCAAAUGGCACAGCAAGAGGACGACGGUAUAGUCUGCGAGAUGUGUUACAAGCCAGACUCAAUAGCGCCAAACGAGAUUAUACUCUGCGACAAUUGCGAUUUUGCCGUGCAUCAGCAAUGCUACGAUAUCAAAGAGGUCCCCGAAGGCGACUGGUUGUGCAAAUCUUGCUCUCAGGAAGAUGUGCUCAAGGCGCCAGGCGAGCCCACCCCCAAAACGAACGAACCUUCAUAUCCGGUCGAGGUGCCCGACAUACCGAACCUGGAUCAUCAUCUGCGAGGGUUUCAGCGUGUGCUCUUGGACCGAUGCUCGGGACGGCGGCGGAUACGGAUGUUCGGGCAGGAGGAGCCGUAUGAGAAGGUUAGGCAGCUUAUUGAACAAACUGUCGUGGCGGGAGAGGGUAACUCAAUGUUGGUCAUUGGACCACGUGGCUCUGGCAAGACGACGUUGGUGGAAAACAUCAUAGUUGACCUAUCAAAGGAACACGGGCAUGAGUUUCACGUAGUACGGCUCAAUGGGUUCAUCCACACUGAUGACAAGUUGGCCCUGAAGGAAAUUUGGCGACAGCUUGGAAAGGAGAUGGAGGUUGAAGACGACCUACUGAACCGGAUAAACUACGCAGAUACGAUGGCAUCACUUCUGGCUCUGCUCUCGCACCCAUCCGAAAUUAUGGGCACCGACGAAAACCUCACAUCUCAGUCGGUGGUAUUCGUCAUUGACGAGUUUGACAUGUUUGCGUCCCAUCCCAGACAGACCUUACUGUAUAAUCUUUACGACAUUGCGCAGUCUCGCAAGGCUCCGAUUGCCGUUUUGGGUUGCACCACUCGUAUCGGCGUAGUAGAUAUGCUUGAGAAGAGAGUCAAGAGUCGUUUUAGCCACCGCUACGUGUAUCUCGCUCCACCCAAAUCUCUGCCGGCAUUCUGGCAGAUUUGUCGCCAAGGCCUUAUGAUUGACAAACCUGAUGUUGAGAGCGAAGGUGUAGAUGUUCACACGGAGGGCCACAUUGAGUUUCAUAAAUAUUGGACUCAAAAGAUAGAGGAGCUCUACAAGCAACGGCAAUUCCAACACUUGCUACAAUAUCAUUACUUUACAACAAAGUCUGCGGCGGCCUUCUUUACGGAAUGGAUAUGGCCUCUUUCUUCGCUCUCGUCAAGGAACCUCACAAUGAACAGCCCGACAGCAUUGUCGCCGACGACUUCGUUGGCUCCCCCAGACUCACGGAUGCAAUUGCUGUCCACCUUGUCGUAUCUUGAGCUGGGACUACUCAUCGCCGCGGCGAGGUUAGACAUUGUGGCGCACACGGACACGGUCAAUUUCGCCAUGGCAUACGACGAGUACAGCUCGCUGGUGGGCAAACAACGAGUCCAAUCGUCGACGGCGGGCAUGCUGGCCAUGGGCGGCAGCGCGAGGGCAUGGAGCCGCGGUGUUGCAGGAGUGGCCUGGGAGAGGUUGAUUGCGCUGGGAUUGUUGGUGCCUGCUGGAAUCGGCGGCAGCAGGUCCCUCGGACAUGGAGGGCUGGACAGCAAAAUGUGGAAAGUUGAUGUUGCGCUGGAGGAGAUUCCGACGGCAGUCAAGCUGAGCACGACCCUGGCAAGAUGGUGCCGGGAGAUAUGA